UUUUUCAAAAAAAAAAAAGAAAAUUUUCUUCUUUUACCGGGAAGAGCGCUAGUUUCGUUAUAAAAGUGAAAAUAAAUGUAAGCAUAUAUAGAGGAGUAAAAAUCAAUAAUGUGCGCCGUUAAGUCUGAGUACUGUUCGGUACCUUAUUGAUACACAGUGCACAUUAGAGUUUAUAACACACGGGAAGUUCUCGCGAGUAAAUAGAAGCAAAUAAGUAAAAAGAUUUUUUUUAACAAAUUGGUGACAAUUAUCAGUCGCCAAUAUCAAGAAAAUGUUAAUUUUUUCAUCUCCAGUUUUACAAAAUGGAUAAAUAAUCUUUAAUUUAGGGGAAAAAACAAAAACAGUGCCAAGGGCAAUUUUCACAGAAGAGGACAAUGAAAAUGAAAAUGGGAAGUCCGAAUUUAGGAUAUUCCUAUCAUCUUCCAUCGGCUGGGUGGAAUCUCAAGGUUAGAAAUGCACUAUCACAGUGCAGUGAUAUUUUUAGUGAAUUUAAUAAAUACAUUGCACCUGCGUAUCAUCACGACAGAUGCGAAAGAUCAGUUCAAAUGCGAUUGUAUUCGAUGCACAAGAGGGAAUUUGUCAUGGUUUUCGUGGCUUUCUUCGCUUGCUUUGGAUUAUCGGUAUUUAUUGGACUAACAGGACCUCCGAUAACUUCAACGACACCAGAAAAGGCCCAUCCAAAUGGCAGUGAAAUGCCGAAUGGACCAUUUAUUAUGAAAACUCCACCUCUCUCAACGUACAGUCAACAACUUUGGAUUAUUGCUAAAUUAUCCACAUUAAAUAGCGAUGACGAGAGGUAUGACAAAAGUUUUCAAGUGAGCGUUUCUAUAGACGGAAUCACGACCGAUCGAAAAUUAGAUCCAGUAUUAACUGCAGAAUCGGGGCAUAAUAGAACACGACAUUUAAAGUGUGAGAGGCAAAAUUGUGAGGAAUUUGUAAUUGCCCAUCUUGGAUUUCUUCACUUUAGUCAUUAUAUUAUAACCGUACGAUUCUAUGGACUCGAGAGUUUCCAUCAACGUUACACGAUACGAAAUCUCACAUUCUACUUUAAAAAUUACGAUCCUGAUUUCACGCAAAUUGAAAUUUGGUUCAGAUUAAUAUUUCUUCUGGCCACAUUCGUAGUGACGUGUUGGUUUGGGCAUUCCUUGAGGAAAUAUCAAUUGCACGAUUGGUCAAUUGAACAAAAGUGGAUUUCCAUUCUUUUGCCGCUUCUUAUUCUCUACAAUAAUCCAUUAUUUCCGUUAAUAUUUUUGGUGAAUUCAUGGAUUCCGGGAAUGUUGGACGCAGUUCUUCAGACAACAUUUCUUUGCGCUAUUCUAAUGUUCUGGCUCUGUGUUUAUCACGGUUUGCGACAGAACGAGAGGCGAAUAGCAACAUUUUAUUUGCCAAAAUUAUUAAUCGUUGGAUUAUUAUGGGGAGCUGGUCUCACACUCGCAACUUGGCUCAGAUGCACAGAACUUGAGGACCCGACGUAUAAUUAUAUUCUCGACACUUCAAAUUAUUACGGAUUCAAGGUAUUCUUUCUGACGAUGGGAGGAAUUUACGGGGCUUAUCUUCUUUUACUUAUUCUACGAGCGUACAGCGAAUUGCGAUCGAUGCCAUACUUUGAUCUUCGAUUGAGAUUUUUGACCCUAUUAGCGGCGGUUGUCAUUGGAAUUUGCGCUUUAGUCACAGCCAGAAAAUUUGGAGCUGGAGUAUUUGAGGACAGUUUUGCGUCUCGUCUUUCAACGUAUUAUCACACUUCCGCCCAAUUUAUGGCCCUCUAUGGCCUAUUGAAUUUCUAUCUCUAUACAAUGGCUUAUGUUUAUGCGCCCGCUCUCCAACAAGUUUAUGGGCAACAUUCAUCAAUAACAAAGGAUAAUCCAUCUUUUUCGAUGAUAAACGAUUCGGACGAGGAAGUAAUUUACGGAUCAGAUGAAGACAGUCGACGUCCAUUGACACGAGCACCUAGAAAUACAGACGACAGUGAUUAGACAGUGAUUAUUUAAAGAAAAACAUUUCAUUUCUUUUCAUUCGACAAGAUUUUUUAUUAUCUUUACUAAAUUUUAUUAUUUAGAAAACGAAUUAAGUUUUUUCAAAGUAUUUAAAUCAA